GCGGCGCCAGGAGGCGCUGUGCCGUCGGCGGCGCCAUGGCGGCCGAGGGGACGGCGGCGGCCGCGCUGCAGGCCGAGGGGGAGCCCGGCGCUGAGGGCUUCGGCGGCUUCGGGCAGCUGCUGGAGGACGAGGAGGGCGAGGACAGCGGCUACGUGCUCUAUAGGGACAGGAAGGAGUGGGCAGACAUCGAGCCGGUCCCGCAGGACGACGGGCCGAACCCCGUGGUCCAGAUCAUCUACAGCGAGAAGUUUCGAGAUGUCUAUGAUUACUUCCGGGCUGUUCUGCAGCGGGAUGAGAGAAGUGAAAGAGCUUUCAAGCUAACAGCAGAUGCCAUUGAGUUAAAUGCUGCAAACUACACAGUGUGGCACUUCCGGAGGGUCCUCCUGCAGUCCUUAGGAAAGGAUCUUUAUGAGGAGCUUAAGUACAUUACAGCUAUUAUUGAAGACCAACCAAAGAACUAUCAAGUCUGGCAUCACAGACGAGUGCUGGUAGAGUGGCUGCAGGAUCCAUCCCAAGAGCUUGAGUUCAUAGCUGACAUUCUUAACCAGGAUGCCAAAAAUUACCAUGCUUGGCAACACAGACAAUGGGUUAUUCAGGAGUUCAAGUUAUGGGAAAAUGAACUGGAAUAUGUAGACCAGCUUCUGAGGGAGGAUGUCAGAAACAACUCUGUUUGGAACCAAAGAUACUUUGUAAUUUUCAACACCACUGGCUAUGAUGAUCCACCAAUCCUAGACAGAGAAGUCCAAUACACUCUUGAGAUGAUCACAGCAGUGCCACAUAAUGAGAGUGCUUGGAACUAUUUAAAAGGGAUUCUACAGGAUCAUGGUCUUUCUAAAUAUCCAUAUCUGCUCGAUCAACUGUUGAGUUUACAGCCCAGCCACAGUUCGCCCUAUCUGAUUGCCUUUCUUGUGGACAUCUAUGAAGAUAUGCUUGAAAACCAGUGUGAUAACAAGGAAGAAACACUAAACAAGGCAUUAGAGCUCUGUGAAAUUCUGGCUAAAGAAAAAGACACCAUCCGAAAGGAGUACUGGAGAUAUAUUGGAAGAUCCCUUAAGAACAAGCACAGCGCCGACGCUGAAUAGAGCACACUGACAGACAAGCAGCAGUAACUGAACGUGGAAGAAGCUGUGUUAAGCUCUCGACCUGCUGUAAAAGAGUACUAAGUAGAGGACAUCAACUAGUGUAAAAGCCAGUGUAGUAUUCCCCUGGCCAAAGAGGUUUUGCUGCAAAGAAGAAGUGCAGAGCGCAGUACAGGCUCUUGGGUCACCGCUGCUACUGGUGAUAGAUAGCUCUGGUGCUGCAGAGAAAUAUAAUUAAGGCUUAAUUAUUUAAAUGUACCAAAUACAGGAUUUAUUUCAUCAUAGGACAUAUAUAAAGCUGUAUGUGCUAUUUCAUCAUAGGAAAUACAUAAAGCUGUAUGUGGUGCUUCAUCAUAGGAAAUAUAUAAAGCUGUAUGUGCUAUUUAUAAAGCACUAAACCAGUUUCUUACAUGUAGGCUUAUCCACUUGCUGUUCCUAACAGCCAUAUCAGGUGCUGCAGUAAUGACUGCAAGUAACACUAGGCAUGGAUGGUAUAAAGUAACCUGCUUCAGAUUAGUGCAAGUAGGUGCUCUAGUUGCCUGUCGUGGGCGCAGCUGUGCAGCAUUAGCAGCAUGUGCUAUUGCACGCAACUAACACCAACUGUCAUUUUGAAUAAAAACAGAUAACUUAAAGUGUUCGUCUGAAAUUUUUUGUGAUUUUUUUUUUCAUAUUUGGAUGUGCAUUGUUCUUCUCAGGUGCUAGCAGAGAUAAAAGCAGAAUAUCCCCUUUAGGUGCACUGGACACUAUUGCGUCGAUGUGUCUUUUGCACUGGUGUAUUCGUAUCACAGUACUUCUAAAUAUCCUUGAAUUCUUGUCUGCACGUCACAAAGAAUGGUUUGGGGACCCAAAGAUUUGCUUAUUUUUUUCUUUAAAUUCUGUUCGGACAAGUGAAAAUCUGAAAUUUUGUUGUUGGUUUUGUUGGGUUUUUUUGUUUGAUUGUGGGUGGGUGCUUUGUUUUUUUUUUUUUUGUCUUUCUGUUUUUUUUGUGUGUGUGUGUUCAUGGUGGGUAGUUUUUGUCUUCAUCCUUUGUAAUCAGAGAAGUCUAAAGUCAUGCAUCAGAAGUGGUUGUAGCUAACUGAUUAUGCUAUAUAUCUUUACGUGGCUGGAAAGGAGGGAACACUUAUUGCAGACCUGCAUUAAAUGCCUUGACCUUGUUUCUGUAGGCUUUUCAUGUCUUUUCCAUGGAAAUAUUCAGCCAAAAAAUAUUUUUCCUUGCAGUUGUGAAAGAUGCAAGAUGGCUGAAAUACAGAAGUGCAAAGGUGGUGCAUACCUGUACAGAAGCUUGUUUUCAGUAAAUGACUAUUGUAAACUUUGUUCUUAGCAUAGUGUGCUUGUCUGAUAAGCAGUAUUUUCUUGCAAAUUAUCAUGCAAGGAACAAGUAAUAGUAUUUAUUUCAUAAUAUGAACAGUCUUUCUGAUACUGUUAAAAGCUGCUGCCAUAAUUAAACAGUAGUGGAGAUUAUUUCAGGAGCUUGAAAUAUGUUGAUUCUGUGUAUUCUUCAGAUUUAAAACUACUCACAGGAAAUUGAGUUAGUACAUACAAUCCACAUACUACCUUUAAUGUCUUGCCACUUUUCCAGAAGUAGAAAAAGCAUUUUGUCAUGACACAUGAAUGUUAAAAGUGAACAUGAGCUUCAGACUUCUGGAGAUUUAUCUGCUGUAUAUGUAUUUUUUUACCACAGUUGAAGUUCCAGCAUAAAACAAAAAAAUGUAUGUUUCUACUCAGAUAAAUUGUUCCUAACAGAAACGACACUAAGUUUGUAAUUCUACACAGACAGAAGUAUGUUCAAGGACUUUAGGGCAAAGUAAUGUAUUUGCCAUUGACAGUCAAGAAAGCUCACAGAGGUGCAACACAAAUGCAACUAUUAAAAAAAAAUCAUAAAUCAAGAGGGAACAGAGAAGUGGUUUUGUCUCUCCAUAUGAUGUUACAAAGUUCCCACAGUUCUUAUAAACACAGUUUGAUAAUGAGUAAGGCAAAGGAUUCUUUCUAGACACCAGCAUGAGUUUCAGACAAAAUUAUUAAUCUAAUGUAAGAUGAUGAACUGUGUCUGCUGGGACAGUACUUCCACACGUGACCUUCUGUGUCUGACAAAAUAGCUUAGAUACGGCCAUUAUUGUGCUUCUCUGUCAGUGGGGUGCUCUGGCAGGUCUUGCAGAUUGUUAUCUUAUGGUGUGGUCAACUUCUGGCCUCCUAUUUCAUGGAAAUGAUUUCUAGAAGUAAUCAAUGAGCUGUCAUUAUCUGGUGACAAUGUUAACAGGGUUUUAUACUAGUUAUACAAGCAAGUAUCCUUUUCUCCAAUAGCUAAUUUUACCAAAAUAGGAAUAAUACACUCAAAAAAUGUACUGUAACAGGAAAAAAAAAAAUCUUGGCUCAAGUAAAAAGCACAUGAUCAAACAAAUCGUGCAAGUGCUAAGAGACCAGGCUAGAGUCCAGUUAAAAAAAUAUAUAUAAAUAAAAAUAACAAGGCAAUACAUUUACCAGAAAUGGUUAGUGUUUUGUUGUUGUUUUGUUUGUUUGUUUUGUUUUUUGUUUUCUUUCUAAUGGUUUGUUUGUUUUGGUUUUUGUUUUCUUUCUAAUGGUUGUGUUUAUUCCUAUUCUGACUGUAAGGCAGCUCUAAAAUUCUUUUCAAAAGACACCUUGGUUCUGUUGUAGCCAACCACACCCAGAAAUACUGAGCUGUCAAAACUGUGAAAAUGACAGGCUCCCCAGCCAGCUAGCAACUGCAGCUACCAAGCCUUCAAUUUUAAAAAUGUCUGAGGCAGAAUCUUUCUCAUAGAAGCGAGAGCUUGACAAAGCAUAUAAGCUAUAGAGAGCAGGAUCUUACAGUAGGAAGUGUUAGAGGACUAACCGAUCAGCAUUGCUACUGACUGCUGUGAUCAGGGAAAACAAAACUGCUUUAUCGUAGAUGUUUGUCUGUACAAGAAAACUUACGGUUGUAACUGAUUGUAUGUAGUGGUGUGACUCUUGUGUACUGAAUUUUACUACUGAAGAGCUGUGUCAAUGGAAAAAGUGAUUGGUACAACUGUCCCUUGUAAAUCUGUGUUACUGGAACCUCAAGUGAAAUACAGAGAACUAUUAAAGCACGUGAAAUAAUUUCCUAUA